UUGAUAGAGUCAAACAUGAAAGAAUCAAAUGGAGAAUUGAAUAUAGGAAUGUCUACAGAAGAUAUAAUUGAGGAAUGCAAGCUAUUUUACUUCGCAGGUAUGGAGACAACAUCAGUCCUGCUAACUUGGACUACAAUCGUGCUAAGCAUGCACCCAGAAUGGCGAGAGCUGGCAAGAGAAGAAGUGUUGAAUCACUUUGGAAGAGCUAGACCAGAUUUUGAUAGGUUGAGCCGCCUGAAGAUUGUAACAAUGAUUAUUCUAUACGAGGUCCUUAGGUUGUACCCACCAGUAAUCUUUCUAAACAGAAGAGCUUACAAGGAAAUUGAGCUCGGUGGGAUCAAAUACCCUGCUGGAGUAAACCUUCUGAUGCCCCUUCUGUUCAUUCACCAUGAUCCCACCAUCUGGGGAAAAGAUGCAAGCGAGUUCAACCCGGAGAGGUUUUCUGAGGGCAUCUCUAAUGCCAGCAAGUACCAGACCGCCUUCUUUCCAUUCGGAUGGGGACCCAGGAUCUGCAUCGGCCAAAAUUUUGCAUUACUUGAAGCGAAAAUGGCGUUGUGCACCAUUCUCCAGCGCUUCUCCUUUGAGCUAUCGCCAUCCUACACCCACGCACCAUACACCGUGAUAACCCUGCGCCCUGAGCACGGUGCUCAGGUCAAGCUGAAGAAGCUCUGAUCAUGAUGAUUAUGCUGAGCUGUGAAACAACUAUACCUAUGAUUAAGUAUGUAGUUUAGAGCUUAAUAAACAGAGUUUGUAUGAUUGUGUGAACAGAUAAAAUGUUCAACGGUAAAGUAGUAGCUCACCACUCACUGUGCCUAUUUGUGAGGUGGUAACCUGGCUAUGCUCUACUUGUGAUCAUUGAAUUUUCAAGUCUAA